AUGGCAUCUCCAGGAGCUGAAAGCUCUGUAGGCGCUGGAUCCGGGAGACGAGAUGAGUGCACCGAUCGUCUUACUCAAGUGGGCAUGAUCCCAACACGGCCGGUUUUGCUCGUGGACUCCAUGGACACACCAGAGGUUGUUAGCUUCUGGUCGGAAGGCGAUGCCGCUGAGGACUGGUUCGCAUCGAUAAGAUACGUAGAGAUAUUUCCUGGUGUGGUCGUGCUUUGUCGACGAGAAGUGCGUCAUGAAUUGAUACGCCUUGGCGCUUAUCGCUCCAGGCAAGGACCUCGGAAACGGGGCCAAACACCAGGUCAAUACGAGAUCCAAUCCGCACUCACCCUCUUGUCAGAAUCCUCCAAUGGCUUGCAAUCGGGACCGGUGGGCCUCCACGCAGUCGACGAAAAGCUCGGAUUAGCUGGGCGAAGGGCACCUCGAAGUUGUGGCCAACAUCCUUGGCGCCCUCUCAACGGCCGUGACCCCACCGAAGACGAUGAUGUCGGCAGACCAGGCUUUCCUGCCGCCCGGGAGCGGAGCUGUGUUGUUGGCGUGUCCUCGAGUGUCUUCAGAGCUGCUGCAGAUUUUGAUCAUCCGGUCCUAGCAGAUGCGGAGACCAUUGGCGCCGCCGCGCUUGUUCGAGCCGUGGGAGGUUGACGCCGAGACGAAAGCGUCAAGACGAGCUGCGGGGGGGCGCGAACCGCGCAGAGAAUCUUGUCCUUGAGGGCGGGGAUAUCGGACCAUUCUGCGACAGCGUGUCCGACCGCUAGUAUGGGUUUUGCCGAAGUAGAUCCUCCUUGGGCUCUCGGGGCCUCAGCAGCGCGCCUUGGAUUCGACAUCGUGGGAUGAGGUUGAACGAAGGCGCCCGCACAGACGUCAGCGACCUGGUUCGAGUCCUCGAAGCGGUGCAAGAUUCGGGACCGCAGACUGAAACCGGUGGUUAGCAUGCAUACAGAAAUUCGCCGAGAGUUCGCAAAGAUCAUGACGUGCAAGGCCUCGC